UGUGAUGAUGAUGAUGCGUGUGACGCCACGAGCAGAGGCAGAUCCUUGGAGCAGACAAGCACCGGGCUGAGGCAGCAAAGCAUCCGCACCAGCAGCGCCACAAAGGGAGUUCAGUGCUGGUUGUUGUACCUCUUCUUCUCUCCACUCCUCCUCCUCCUCUUCCUCUCCAGGGUUACAGAUGCUCCGGCUCGGCGGAAAGAUGUGCGGCUUCUCCGCCCUGCUCUCGGUGCUUCUCGCCGGGAUCGCUGCGGCGUCUUCGGAUCUGUUUGACAACCAACUGGGCGACAUCAAUUACUGCAAAAAGCAAUGCCAGCUCACCAUCAAAAACAAAAGCCCAGCUAAAGACUCCAUAAUGAACGCCUGUCACCGCGGCUGUCGCCUCUACUCCAUCUGCCAGUUCGUCAAUGGCAACGCCGGCUUCAACACCAGCAGGGAGGAGUGUCAGGGAGCCUGUCAGGAGGCGUACGUGAAGCAGCUGGAGCAGGAGGCCUGCUGCACCGGCUGCGCCAGCCAACCCUCUGAACCUGAGCUCAAGAGGAGAAGGCUCAGGGCCAUGACUCUUCGCCCUAAAUCCCUCUCUGUGAUGGAGGCCGUGUCCGGUUGGUGCAACGACAUCGUCAGCUCCGCCCAGAGCUUCAUCUCCUCCACCUGGACUUUCUACCUGCAGGCUGAUGACGGCAAGGUUGUGGUUUUCCAGAGCCAGCCAGACAUGGAGUACUCUCUGCCCGAGCUGCAGGCUCCUCGAUCCAACGUGGCCGACAAGCCCUGGCCUCAGGUCCACUCCCACACCCAGAGACCCCACGGUGCGAGGGGACAUGGGGAGAGGGGAGCAUCUAAAGCAGGAGGCAAAGUGAAGCACCCGGUGCAGCACGCAGACGACCCCACAGCGGAGCACGACUUCCUGGGCUGCAUGUCGAGACGUUCAGGCCUUCCACGGUGGAUUCUAGCGGCCUGUCUCUUCCUGUCCAUCAUGGUCAUGCUGUGGCUCAGCUGUGCCAGCCUCGUCACCGCACCAGAGCAGCACAUCAAGACGCAGCUUAGUAUCAACGGAGAUAAAGAGUUCCUUGAUAACGCCCAGAAAGUCAACCCCUACCACCUGAGUCCUAUGAUCGCUGUCACCCUGAAACAAUCGGAGGAGAGCCAGGAGGCGGGGCCGCUGCCGGUGAAAAUCGACCUCAACGAAAUGUGCGUUUUCUGAGGGUAACCAUAUAUAAAAUCAAGAGUGAAACAAACACAUCACGGGACUCUAAACAGUCACCAGAGUUUUUAAAAACAUAUUUGUAAGAGCAUGGCACCCUCCCGGCGUUUAAAAUCAUGAUACUGAAACAUCUUGCUCAGUCUUGUUGGUCUGAUAAUAUUUUUAUUUUCUUGUACAGCCCAGAUUAUUCCAAAUCCAUCCUCAGAUUAUCUUCAAUGCUCAGCCGGCUCAUUGCUUAUUAAUAAAUCAGAGCUCUUGUCUCAGAACAGUGAGGAAUUAGUACAGUUUUCAAAUAAUUGUUCAUGUUUACAGUAGACAGAGAAGACAAACACUGGGAUUUAGUUUAGAGUUCAUUUUGCCUCGUUCUCGCAGAGAGUUUGGAUUAGUUAAUGGGUUGUCAUCGAAAUAGAAAUGAGAAAGACGAAAGAAAGAUUGAUAAAAGAUGGACUAUUUCUUUGAGAGUGCUCCAGGAAAUAUUCUAAAUAAAAAAUGUUCUCCCUCACAACAUAACUACAUUUGCAGGUGAGCUCUGAUCAAGUUCAGAGAAACAAAGGCAUACUUACUACAACAACUAAAACAGUGUUUUCUGAUAAUUUAUCCAAACACUAACACACAGAGGAAUACUUCUAGGGGGGGGGGGGGUGUUUACAAUUACAGUACACAUACUAAGAAUUUAACCUGGAUUAAAAACUGGACGCUCUGUCUGAGAAUGAGCAAAAUAAACACUUUAUUUAUUUUUUAAUGUAUUUAUUCAGAAUCAUCCACCUGAGUUUUCUGUUAACAGUGUUUUUGAAGUGCCAUGUACAGUUCAUUAUUCAUAAAAAUGUACCUGACCUGUAAGAUACCUAGCUGGAGGAGGGGGAUUGCACCUAUUACUGUAUUAUUAUUAUUAUUACUCUCAUAUUAUCGCUCUUAUAUCACUUGGAGAGUUCUUAGCUGUUCUAUGUGCUUUCUAAUAGCUGACUAUUUUGUAUGUCCUAGGAGCACACACUGAAGGAUACCCUCUGUAACAAUGUGUAAUGCAAAGCUUUUAACAUAGACCGUUGUUAUUGACAGAGUCGCACAGUCUUAGAGAAGAUUUUCUGUUUCCCUCUCAGUGCUUUUGAUGUCCUGUAACGCUUUCUUUUCAUCCAGGCUAUGGAGACAAUAAACCGUGCAUGCAAGUGACGCUUCGAUAGUUUAGCUUAACCGCCCGCCAUGCCAGUGUGGCACGACUCUACUGUAGACUUGUGAUUUUAUUGUGUUACUAUUUACUGUAAACAUUGAUUAGGAUGUGUAAUCAUGAAUGACAAUUUCAAGAUUUACAGGAAGGACUCUUAAUUAAAAAGCCAUUUAAUCGAUAUCUGUGCUGGUUCAAACUGACAGUAGGAUAUAUAUCACCAGGAGUAUGAUAUGAAUCUCAAACUGUAUUGUUUCCUUUUUACUGGUCUGUUUAUUUUCAAUGAAAUGAAACUUACAACAUGAUGAAAUAAAGUGUUUUCAUUGUAAAUAAA